GGUCACGCGGAGGUUGUUCGUGCAUUGCUGGCACGUGAUGCUGUGGCAAACUCGACCGAUAAGAAAGGUCGUUGUGCCGCACACUGGGCGAUUAAGAACAAACCUCAAAACGUGCAACUGGUGGAAAGCCUCAUAUAUACAUGCCCUCAAUCAGCAAGUGUGCAAGACCACCUCGGUUGGUCACCCUUACACCUGGCGUGUGCCAAUGGAGCCUCACCGGAUGCAGUGGAGUGCUUGAUUGACGCCGAUCCGUCCAUGCUAGAGGCGCGAGACAAGUUCGGACUGGCGCCCAUACACCGGGCUGUGGCUGGCAGCAAUGACUUUGAGGGCAUGCUGAUUGCCAGCGAACUCAUGCAGUCUGCCGAGAGCUUCGA